AAAUAAUCUAUAAACAAAAAUGCAAAAUGUUUUUAACUCAAGAUCUUUAACAUAACUUAAGUGUUUUAAUCUUUUUAAUAUGUUCAUGUUUUAAUCAAGAAAUUUUGAUUUUUAUCAAUGGUAGAAUGGCUUCGCUCUUUAAAAAGGUGGAAACAAACAAUGCAGAACAAUUAAGAUUAAAUAUUGUAUUUAAUGAGAAUGAUUUUAAUUUGGUUAUUUUAGAAAAAUCCAAUGCUUGGAAAGCCGAGGUUUCAUGUAAUGAUAUUGAAAAAUUAGCAAAACAACUUGACCUAGAUGCUGAAGAAUAUUAUUCCACCCUAAAACUAUAUUUAGAAGAUACUCCAGAUAAUGUAAAUUUUAAGUUAACAAACAAAGAAUUUCUAUGUUACUGUAAUGACAAUAGUAUUAAUAUAAAGUAUUUUUCCUGUAAACUUAAAAAGAUACCAUUUCAAGAAUGUAUAUAUGAUUUAUUAGAUAGCUAUGGAUUGAGUAAUAAUAAGAAACAGAACACAGAUAAUUCAACUGAAACAUUAGAACUAAAAAAAGGGUAUGCGAGAUUGGAAGAAAAAGUGACGGAACUAGUAGAUAGAAACUUGAAUAGAGAACAAGAAUUAUAUAGUAAUUUUGUCCUAGUAUUAAACGAAAAGAAAAGAAAAAUUCAGCAUUUAACUCAAACGAUAGAGGCGUUAAAAGCGGGAAGACCGGUAUUGAAUCCCGAAAUAAAAGUGAGAAAACCGAAAACUUUAAAAAAAGAAAAAGAAGAAAAACAAAAGCCUGAAAUGAACGUUUCAGAAUCAGAAUCAAGUAACAAUUCGGAUGGGUAUAACACCGAUGAUGAAAAAUCGAAGAAAGCGAAAGAUGUAAUCGAAGAUGGACUUCCCAGCACAUCAAAGAAAGUUAAUUAUGAUUUGAUUUUCGACGAAUCGGAAGAUGUAGGUAAUCUGCCCAAAAGACAAAGGGGAAUUAAUGAUUUUAAAGAAAUUUGUAAUACUCCAAAAAUUAGCAAAGUACAGAAAAUAGAUAAAGAAACUACAAGUGCCAAUAUAGCUAAUAUCGAAGAGGAUUGUCAAACAGAAUCUUUCAAUACACAAGAACUCUUAGAUUGUAUUUAAUACAAAAAAUUGGUAAUGAAUAUCAUCUCCAAAUGAAUCAUGUAAUUAUUUUACAUAAAUGAUACGUGGUUUCUAUUAGGUCUCAUUGUUUAGUGAAAUUUUUUACUCCGCGUGAAAGUUAUAGUACUUUACCGCCUCAAAUGAUUUGCCCUAUUUAUAAUGUUAACACCCUUUAUAAAGAAUUAUACAUAUUUAACUUUUUAAAAUUUUAAUAAAUAAUUUUG